CGCAGUAGAGAGUGUGUGAGAGAGAAAGAGAGAGAGAGAGAGAGAGAGAGAUAUUUGUUUGUUGUCUGAUAGAUAAGGCUCAUUACGUUUCUAGCUAUAGAGCAGUGACAGCAGCAUAUGCCCAACACUUAGUAGUAUCAAACAAUAUGGACACUCAAGUGAAAAAUGUAGAAACUCUAUUGUCAUUGAGAAAGUUUCAUGUCUCUGAAGACUGUGGGUUUAUUCUUCCAGAUCCUCUGACAGACCUUCCGUUGUACUACAAGCCCUGGAUGGACAUUGCCAAAAAUGUUCCAGAACUCCUCUCUUCCCAUUCCUUACGCCGUAGAAUUCAUGAUAUGCCACUGUUGGAGACUCACUUUUUGCAGACCUAUCGAGAGCAGCGUUUGGCCCAUCUGGCUUUGAGUAUGAUGACUAUGGGUUACGUAUGGCAGGAGGGAGCGAGAGAAACAAUAAAAGUGCUACCACAAAAUUUGGCUGUGCCAUUCUGGGAGGUGUCUCAAAGACUGGGUCUGCCCCCAAUACUCAUUCACGGUGAUUCAGUCCUUGCCAACUGGAAGAAAACAGACCCAAAUGGACCUUUUUCCAUUGAAAACUUGGAGUUGCUGUUGACAUUGCCUGGAGGCGAGAGCACGAGAGGGUUUUUUCUAGUUACACUGCUUGUGGAGUUGGCAGCUGUCCCUGGCCUGAAGUCCAUCCCUGAAGUCAUCAGCGGUGUCCAUUAUAAUGAUGUUGCUAUGGUCACCAAAGCCCUUGAUGUGGUCAGUCAGGCCAUAGGCAACAUGAAACAGGCCCUAAAACUAAUGCACGUGUAUGUAGAUCCCUUUGUAUUCUAUGGUAUUUUGAGGAUCUAUCUGUCUGGGUGGAAAGAUAAUCCAUUGAUAGCAGAGGGUCUGGUGUAUGAAGGAGUUCAAGAAAAGCCAAUGGAGUUUUCAGGUGGCAGUGCUGCACAGAGCAGUCUCUUACACUGCUUUGAUGAACUGCUCGGAGUCAAGCAUGAAGGAGACAGUGGGGCCUUUCUGAGAAGAAUGAGGGACUACAUGCCCCCGUGUCAUAAGCAUUUCAUCGAGGACAUCUCUAGCCGCCCGUCCCUGCGCAAAUUUGUGCAAGAGCAAGCAGACGAGUGUCUAACGCACACAUUUGAACAAUGUGUGGCUCGAUUGGUGGACUUUCGAAAUUACCACAUCAACAUUGUCACCCGUUAUAUCACUAUUCCGGCCUCUCGUGCCAAACAACUCCGUGCUAGCGGGCAGGGUUUGGUCGAGGAGCUGGACACAAUCAAGAAAGCACCCACAGCACUUGAGGAAAAAGGGACUGGGGGUUCUAGCAUUAUGAUCUUUCUGAAGACGGUACGAGAUGAAACCAAAGACAGUUCCAACACACAAUACACUAAUGGGAAGCAAGUCUUGCCAGACCCAUCAAUGACAACCAUACAGGAGGCAACAUCUGAGCUUACAAUAUAAUGCAAUAGAGCCAAAGUAAGCUUCCUACAUGUAAUACUCUAUAAAAUAAAUAAAGUGUAAGAGAAUCACCUAUUUUAGUCUACAUACAUUCCCAUUAUGGUAGGAUCCUAUAGAGACCACAUUGAAAAUAUUUUGUUUCACCAUCAUUUAAACCUGUAAAUCAACAACAUUUUCAGAUAUAGAGAAAUUUUAAAUAAAGAAAAGGUAUGAACA